UCAUAAUUUAGAGGGCGCAGGUGGAAGUCUACUAAAGUUGUAGUAGAAGCUAUGCGAUCUUUUUUCUUUGGCGAUAAAAUUUUUUCUUACCAGUGAAUGGCGUGCAUAAGACUCAAUAAUAAUGUGUGCACUUUGUCUAUGCACGUCUUCUUUUAGAUUCAGCGGCGAGUAGAUUUUAUUUCUCUCUUCAAUGCAUCCCGAAUCUUCUGUUUGCAUGUUUCUUCGAUAUCUCGAACGAAGAAACGAGAAGAGAGAAAGAGAGAUGAAACCUUAAAGUUACCGCAAGUGCUUUGUUUUUAUUCUCACAGCGAUAAAAAACACUGCAUUUGUGCGACAUCAGAAUGUUGAUAUUAGAAAAAGAAUUUCUAUUGCAAAAAGACAACUGUGUAGUUAACGAGAAAAAAAAAUUCUCUUUUUCACCCACCUACAUUGUCAAACCGGUUUUCGCUGUCUUUGAAAACUUCAAGACAUUUAGUAUCGGUGUACGAACAUUGUAGAUUCAUUGUAAUCGACCUAUUGAGAACUAGAAGGAAAGGGACAGACUGGUUUUAUGGUACUGUCAAUGCAAUCUUUCUCAUAUAAAUUUAGAUUCAUUGAGAGAAGUGUUGAUAUAAUUAGAAUAUAAAAUCACUAUAUCUCAGCCAGUUGAAAUUCAAAGUUUUUAAGAACUGUAGACUUUGGACUUCAGUACAGUUCAAGCUCGUAUGAGUGACAUCAAUUAGACUGUUCCUGUGAAAGGUACUGCUAGUAUUGUAGAGUUACUAUAAAAAGAAUUUGAGAAGAAAGACUGAAAAUUUUGAGUCCUUUCUACUAUCGUUUUCGAAAUAGGAGAAACCGUCAAUAAGAGCGAAAUGUUGCCAUAAUGCAUGCAACGUGAAGUCUUCUCGAUCUUGUUUUCGAGAGACCAAUGUGACAAAAUUAAGCGUAUCGAUGAAGACAGGUUUGAGAAUUCAAUCAUCAAAAGACUUCGAAGAGUUUUCUGUGAAACGUUGGGCAGUGAGGCCACUUUUGAGGAAUGACAAUUUCAGUCAAAAAUAUCCAAUCAGAAGAAUCUGCUAGACUUAUUUUGAAUUAGGGACAGUUACAAAUCAAUAUCCACCUAUUCUUAGCAUGGUGAGACGUCAUAUACGCGAGCUGAAAAUGUAUGUCUAAGAACAUCGCGUAUCAAGGCAAGCAAAAGGACACUGGGCUACAGUCUCGAUUACGGUUUUUGAAGUCUCGUCAUGCUAAUAAUACUUAAAUAUAGAUAGUUCGAUACUGUUUAGAACGUUACAUACAUAAGAAGCUCGAACGAACGACUUCAAACUAGACUACUUGUGUCAAGCUAGAUUAUCUCGAGGUUUUGGUUUUUGAACUUUAACUGGUCCCCAAUAAAUGUAGUAGUUUUCUCAGAUACUGUAGUUUUGCAUGCAAUUUUUAUUCUUAUAAAAUAGAAACUAUUAAAAAGCGUUGGGCAGCGUCCAACAUCUUCAUUACUAGAAGUUUGUGAGAAAACUCAUCAAACUCGUCUGAAGAUCGAAUUCGAAAACCUAUCUCUGUCAAUACAUCGCCAUUGACUAUUACUUCUAUGUCGACUUGAAUAGUAUUAGUUUUUCAUAAGCAAUAGACUGCCGUUUAUUUUGCAUGUGAGUCCUGAGAUCAUAAGAUAGGUUUAGUGCGUGGGACGGUCGGCAAAAUUUAAGAUCUCUACACAAUGACAGAUCUUCGAGCUUCUGACGGAUAUUAAGAAACCCCUAAAGUUUUCUGUUUCUUAAGUCAAAGGUGGACAAUGAAAGAACUCUUGGACUGAGAUUUUUAGGAAUGAGUGAUUCUAGUGAGAAAUGCGUCUGGUAAAAAUUUCAGCUUAAUGUAUCGAACUAUCGCGAACUUCUGGCUUUUGAUGGUCUUUAGAAGAAUCGUUAUUACAAGAGAUACAGAGCUCGGGAUGGCUUCAAGUUAAAGUUAAUACCAUUGCACAAUUAUUAUCCAAAUAGAAUUUUGAAAUUUUCUUCUAUUCAUUUUGUAUGAUCAAUAUUGGUACAUAUAGAGUUAAAAUAAAUAAAACAAAAAUAUCCUUUUACGACAUUAAAUCUCGGUAUUUUCAACGCCGAAAUCAACUAUAAAAAAAAUCUGAUUCGACAAAGAUUUACUCUCAUUUAGACCUUUCAAAAAAAUAUUGGUUAUAUCUUGAACUCGAUGAGUGUUAUUUCAGCUUUUCUAAUUGAAAAUCAUGUUCCAAGAAAAAUGGUACAUAAGUUUAGAUGCGAACCAGAGAAAAUAGCGUAUUAUGAUGGUAUGUUCAUAAUAUAAUUAAGUCGAGAUUUUAGGUUACAAGGAUUUCAGUCAGGUUCGAGAUUCUGGUGAGCUUCCCAAGUCGAGGCAAACGGAACGAAAACGAGUCCGAAACUGAUGAAGACGUGUGAAAAAUUGAAGAGAAUCCAGAAAAAAGUCAUGAACGCGCUGUGGAUCAGUUUCGAAUACGAUUUGGUUUCAUUUGUCUUGACCUAGGUUUCGACCCGUGCCUAAAUUGACUUUAUUUACCUCUAGAAAAAGCUGUAUUUCUUUAAUUGGUUGCUACAUUCCGUAAUACUGAGCAAGACGAGAUAAUAUUUAGAGUGUGGGUCUCUUCUCCAUCCACAGUAGAAAUCACAUCCUCAUUCACUCCUACGUCCUGGCGCUACAUCAUCUUGCUCAACACUACGGAGUGUAGUUGAUAAUUAAAGAAAUAAGGCUUUUUAUAGGGGUCAAUUUAAGUUCGAGGAAAAAUUCUGAUCUUCUAAAAUUUUUUAAAGUAUACCGCAGAUGACGCAACCUAACAUCCUUUGUCGUCCUUAAAAUAUAUAUGAAUAUUUAUUCAAAGCUAAUGCAAGUAAAAAUGUAAUCUUCCUAAAACUAGAAGAAAACCGCGAAAAUUUUUUGGAAAACGGAAAAUUUGCUAAAUUUCCAAAAAUUCGUAUAUAUACCGCGAAAGGAAAUUUCGCUACAUCUUCUGAUGAUAAAAAUUCAACUUCAACUUUUCUUUUAAAAAAAAGAGGAUUUUCUGAGACACGAGAGAGCCUUAAUAUCGAUAGAGUUCAAUCCAAAAUCUUGUAGGGAGGAGCUUAGACAUGUGUAAUUUUGUAGAAAAUUACUUGCUCGAUUUUGGGAAUGUUGUGAUGAUUUCAUUCCCCUCGAAUUCUUGUUCGAAACAAUUUUCUUCAUUCAAAUCAUUAUUUGGAUUCACCAUACAAGUUACUAUUACGGAAAAUUAAACCUGUACGAUCAAUUUUUUGAAGCCACUAUUAAAUAAUACAUUUAGGUCUGUUUAGAUAAAACUCGAGUUACAUCUAUUCGAAUUAUAUUUAUGACAGAAGGUAGAUAAGUUUGUUUCUUUUUCUUUUUUUUAAUUAUUAAAUAAAAUUUGAUUAUUUAAAAUAUUCUUUUAUGACAACUUCAAACCGAUUCGCCUUCAUCCGAUUAUGAUAUAUUUGUUAUGGAUGAAGUAUAUGAACAUCAUUUAUUUACUGAUUUUAUAUUAGGUAUUAUAAAUGUUUAAUAACUCAAUGAAAAGAUCUCAAAGUUUUUCCCAUGUCUGCAAUAAUUAAUAUUGAUCUAUUUUCAAAUAUUUCGAUAAUUAUUCUGUUGUUAAAGUAAGAUUUUAUAAAUUGGACAAAAUAAAACUCUAAUAAAUGUAUUAAAAAUCGGAAUUACUAAGAAACUAAUGAUCUUUAUGAAUAAAUGAUAAUUUAAAAAGUUAACCCAACAAUAGUAUGAACAUUUAAUUUCACAUCAUUUAUUAUUAUCAAUUUUUGAAUUCUUAGCAAUCAAUUGAAGGAUGAACCUUGUAGAUAAGAUAAAGUGACUAGUUGAUUUAUUAUAAAAAUACAGACUUUAUCUUUUAUUGAUCAUCUAUUUUAUUGUUUAAAUCUUUGAUAUAGCACCUGAAUUUGUACGUAAAUGUGUUAUAGCAACAAAUAUAGCUGAGACAUCAAUAACAAUUGAUGGUGUACCUUUUAUCAUCUAUUCAGAAGAAGUUAAAGAAAUGUCAUAUGAUGGAAAAUGUAAAAUGCAACGUUUGCAAGAAUUUAAAAUAAGAUGUACAAAUGCUGAACAACUUAAAGGUCGUGCUAGACGUACAGGACCUGACAUUUGUUAUUGUUUAUAUAGUGAACAUGAUUAUUUAAGUUUUCAAGAAUAUUCAACACCAGAAAUUCGUCGUGUAUCAUUUGAUUCAUCUAUAUUAAAAAUGAUUUCUAUGGUUUUAAACGAUUCAAGAAAAUUUCCAUUUGUUGAACCACCAGAUAUGGCAGCUAUUGAUAGUGCUUUAUUUCGUCUUCAAGAACAAGUAGUUUUAUCAACAAUUGAUUGUUUAUUAACAUCAAUUGGCUCAAUACUUGCUCGACUUCCUGGUGAUGUUUCUAUUGGAAAAACGUUUAUAUAUACUUGCAUUUUUCAAUAUGUUAAUCUAGUAUUAAUAAUGGCAUCGACAUUAAGUAUUCAAUCACCAUUUCUUAGUUUUCUUCAAUUUAAUCCUGAUACGAUAACACGUCGUCGUUCAAUAUUGUCGAAUCAUCAUGAUUCAUUUGCAUUAUUAAAUCUUUUUGAUAAAAAGAUUUAUGUAUGA